ACGUAACAUGAAGAGCGCAUUGCACUUACACGGUAGUGUCAAAGGGAGAUUGAGGAUAAAAAAAUUGACAAUGUGCAACAAAAAAGAUGAAGGAAAUCUAUGCAGAGUUCCAUAAUAACUUGUCAUCUCCUAGCAGCUCUGCAAGCAGCUGGUUAUAGGGUUGAAAAAAUUGGACUAGAAUCUGUUUUGUCCUCCCUCAUUUUCAGUCUUGGAUCUUGUAGUCUAUAAUGUGUUGUUAAUUCUCAUUGCACCGUAAGUCAGUGUCCAAGUCGAUGUCAGCAGUCACCCUAGGCAGCUCCAGGAAAUCUGUUAUCACAUCAACGGUAGCUCUAUCUCCAGUACCUACCUCCUCAAGAGUGAAGUUUAUGUCACUGGAGAAAGAGGUGUUUCCAUUCAUGGCUCAGGACGGACAGCUCUUUGCCUUUGACCUGGAGGCUCUGAUAACUGCAGAGUCUCCAUCCUGGUGGAGAGAGUUGGAACCGAAACAGUGGGAAAGACAUGUACACACAUGUCUGGAGGUCAUCAUGGAGAGUGUCAUC